UAGGGCUCUCCUGCAUCCUGCCCCUGCGGGGAAGCGGGUGGCUGGUCCCCCGCUCCGGCUGCAGCGGGGGAGGCGAUCCCGGCUCUCCUCACCCACCGGUAGCGGAGGGGCCGACGCGAGCUCCGCGGGGCAGGCGGGAGCUCCGGCCCGGCAAACACUUCCCGGCGCACCAGAGGGUGCCGGGGGGUCCCGCGCAACCCCCGCGGAGCUGGUGGGCUCCUCCCGGCCUCUCCCUCGGGGCGACCACGCGGGAGAUUGUGAUUUGGAGUCGUGGAGAAUUCACAGUCUUUCCACAAUGGCAGAAAGGACAGAUUAUACAAAAUCACAAAUUUCACUGGCUGAGUACAGUCCCGUCAAUAAAUCAGAAAGGACAGAUCAAAGUGGAACACAGGAUGGAGACCAAAAUACAUUGCAACUGAAGAAAGAAAUAUCUUUAAUAAAUGGGAUAAGCCUUAUAGUAGGCAACAUGAUUGGUUCAGGUAUCUUUGUCUCGCCCAAAGGCGUUCUCAUCUACAGCAAAUCUUACGGAUUGUCUUUAAUAAUUUGGGCAGUUGGAGGGAUAUUUUCAGUCUUUGGAGCUCUCUGCUAUGCUGAACUUGGAACCACUAUUACAAAGUCAGGAGCCAGCUAUGCAUAUAUCUUGGAGUCUUUUGGGAGCUUCAUUGCUUUUAUUCGUUUGUGGACCUCACUCCUGAUUGUUGAACCAACCAGUCAGGCAAUCAUUGCCAUCACCUUUGCUAACUACAUAGUUCAGCCUUUCUUCCCUUCUUGUGACCCUCCAUAUGUGGCUUGUCGUCUCAUAGCAGCUGCUUGUGAAUGUCUUUUAACAUUUAUAAAUUGUGCCUAUGUUAAGUGGGGCACACGUGUGCAGGAUGUAUUUACUUACGCUAAAGUCGCUGCUCUUAUUGCCAUCAUCAUCGCUGGACUUGUUCAAAUCUGCCAGGGACACAUAUGGCACUUUAAGAACUCUUUUGAGGGAUCCUCUACUGAUAUUGGAGAAAUCUCCCUUGCAUUAUAUUCUGCCUUGUUUUCUUACUCUGGUUGGGAUACACUCAAUUAUGUAACAGAAGAAAUCAAAAACCCAGAAAGGAAUUUACCUCUGGCUAUUGCAGUGUCUAUGCCAAUUGUGACUAUUAUCUAUAUUAUGACCAAUAUAGCUUACUAUACCGUGCUGGAUGCUCACUCUGUCCUCUCUAGUGAUGCUGUGGCAGUGACAUUUGCUGACAAGAUAUUUGGUAUGUUCAGCUGGACAAUUCCCAUUGCUGUAGCCUUUUCUUGCUUUGGUGGACUUAAUGCUUCAAUUCUAGCAUCAUCAAGGCUAUUUUUUGUAGGAUCUCGGGAAGGUCACCUUCCUGAUCUGUUGUCUAUGAUCCACAUAAAGAGGUUCACACCCGUGCCAGCUCUGCUCUUCAAUUGUUUUAUGACCCUUAUUUACCUGGCUGUGGAAGAUGUCUUCAAGCUGAUUAAUUACUUCAGCUUCAGUUACUGGUUUUUUGUUGGUCUGUCUAUUGCUGGGCAGUUAUAUCUACGUUGGAAAGAACCAGAUCGGCCAAGACCUCUUAAGCUGAGUCUGGCUUUCCCAAUAAUAUUCUGUAUAUGCACAAUAUUUCUGGUGGUAGUGCCACUCUAUAGUGACUUUAUAAAUUCAGUGAUUGGAAUUGCUAUUGCUUUAUCUGGAAUUCCAUUCUUUUUCUUGGGAGUCUAUUUACCUGCAUCAAGGAGACCUCAAUUUAUCAACAAAAUUAUGGGUGCUGUCACACGAAACAUUCAGCUGCUCUGUUACUGCGUUUUAACAGAGAUGGACCCAAAUGAAGAAAAGAAACCAGAAAUCAAAUCCAAGUAAAGUUUAAAGCCAUUACAGGAAGCAGAAGGGAGGAUAAAAUAAUUACACAAAAGAAAGGGAAGAGCUGGAACUGGAAGACACAGAAAAACUGUUUUCAGUGGUCUUUCAGAAAUGCUGAAAAUCUUACUCGUUGCAGAUGGAUUCCAACGUGGAUCAUGCCCUUGUGUCAUCCUCCUAAACUGUGGCAUGUUUUCAGGGCAGGUUUUCAUUGGAUAAUGAUUACCUGCUCAUUACCUACUCACACAAGCUGUGUGUCAAUACUGUUUCUUCUUCAGAAUUGGUAUGAAAAUGGUAAGAGCUAAUGGAUCAAAUUAGAUUUCUACAGAACCAGGUGGUGAAGUAAUGCAUUAUUGCAUCAGACUGAAAUCCACUUCGACUCCAAAGAUGAAGUCAUUUCCAGCUUAAAUCUGAUGCACGCUUGCAUGAAAUGAUUUGCUAUACUAUGUCAGUUCUUUUCCCAGAAGAAAACUGGUCACAACAAACUACUUCAUUUGUUUUUCUGCCCCUAAUGAUAAAUUAAGUUCUGCUCCAUUAUUUAUAGACUGAACCAACCUUUCCCUUAAAGAUUUUAUUCUCUAUGCUACAUGGAAAUGUAUCUGACUGUGGGAAGGAUUUAAUCAGCUAAGCACCUUGCCACUGAAGAUUUGAUUAAUGGUUGAUUUUUUUCUUGUUUACUUGUUAGUAUUUUGUAAAUUACUGCUAGGUUUUACGAAACUUCCAAAAUUAAAAAGUUCAGUUUGAAGCCUGUAAA